UCCGUUUCCAUCUUGCAGACAACCUCGCACACCCUCUCCCCCAUCGCGCGUUUUCCUCACAACAUACCGCCAUGCGGGUCGGAGCUCUCACCCUCUCCAUUCUCGCCCUCGUGGCGCCAGCCCUGGCCGACGCGUCAGGCCGCACCGCAUCGGAAGCCGCGGCGGAGGGCAACACCCUCCUCGCGCAAGGCGCGUACGCCGACGCAGCCCGCGCGUACUCUGAAGCGAUCGCCUCGGACCCCUCGUACGCAAACUACUACAAGCGCGCGACAGCCUACCUCUCGCUGGGGCGGCACGCCUCCGCGCUCGCAGACUUUGACGCGAUCCUGUCGCUGAACCCCGAGUUCGCGCAAGCCCAUUUCCAAAAGGCCAAGAUCUACGCACAAGACGGCGCGUUCGACGCCGCGGCACGCGAGCUCGCGCUCUUCCACAAGAGCAAGCGGGACGACGCGAGCGCCGAGCUCGCGCACGCGGUCGCGGGCGCCCUCGCGGCGUCGAAAGCGGCCGAAGCGGACGCGGCGCGGCAGAAAUGGGACGCGUGCGUGGAUCACGCGACGCAGGCGCUCAAAGUCGCCCCGAAUAGCGGCGCGCUCCGCGCGCUGCGCGCGCGCUGCGAAACGGCGCGCGGGCACGUCGACGGCGCAUACGCCGACCUCAGCCGCCUCGCGGCGCUCGACCCUGCUUCGCAGGAGCUGCGGGUGCGGCUCGCGCACCUCGCCUUCGUCUUCCUCGAGCCCGCGACGGCUGUUGCCGAGCUCAAAAAGUGUCUGCUGUACGACCCCGACUCGCGCGCGUGCCGCACCCUGCACAAGCGCAUGCGCGGGUUCGAGCGCGAUCUCGCGAAGGCGCGCAACUUUUCCACUGGGAAGGCGGGGGACGCGCGGCGCGCGAUCGCGCUGCUCCGCGGUGAAGAGGGGUUGGUUGCGCGCUUCGAGCGCAUGCUCGACGAGGCGGAGGCGGCGGGGGCCGUCCCGCCCCAGUUUGAUGCGCGGGCGCGCAGCACCACCCGCCUCGAAGUGUAUGCGCUCGGAUGCCGUGCGCUCGUCGAUGCGAGCGACUACGCGUCCAAGCUCGGAAGCUGGUGCGACACAGUGUUGGGUAUGGACGAGACGAACGAGGCCGCGCUGGUGUAUCGCGGCGAAAAGCUGCUCAAGGCCGAGAAGUGGGACGAAGCCGUCGCGGCGUUCCAAGCCGCGUUCGAAAAGUCGGGGCGGCGGUCGCAGGACAUCAUGGCGCGUCUGCAGAGGGCCGAGCGCCUCCUCAAGCUCAGCAAGCGCAAAGACUACUACAAGGUGCUCGGGGUGGGGCGGGACGCCGACGAGCGCGCGAUCAAAAAGGCCUUCCGCAAGGCCGCCAAGGUCAACCACCCCGACGUGGGGGGCAGCGAGGAGAAGAUGGCCGCGCUCAACGAGGCGUACGAGGUGCUGAGCGAUCCCGAGCUGCGGCAGCGGUACGAUAAUGGCGACGACCCGAACGACCCGUCUGGCGGACAGGGCGGAAAUCCGUUCGCGCACCAUGGAGGUGGAGGGAUGCCGUUCUUCUUCCAGCAGGCGUUCCAGGGUGGGUUCCCGGGUGGAGGCGGCGGCGGCGGCGGCGGCGGCGGGCAAAAGUUCCACUUCCAGUUCUAGCUGGUCCUAGGCCGCUGGUCUAAGGCCGCUGGUCGAAGGCCGCUGGUCAGCCACCGGAGAGCAGGAUAGACUGUAGAUUUCUUGUAGCCAUGUAUCUCGUACCCCCUUCUGUUGGGGACAGUUGGG